ACUCAGUUUAUUCUGAGUCGCCAAGGCGACAGUACCCAUACAUCAGCUCCAUAGAACACAGUCGCCGGCCGAUAAGAACACAGUUCCCAAGUGGCAACAAUUAAGUGGAAUUAAUUGUUUAGAAAUCAUAGUCCGAAAAUCGGAAAAAUGAAACCAACAGCUGGCCAAACACGUUUUGUGGCCCUGCUGCUACUUUGUUUUCUAAGCUGCGCAUCGGCCUAUAACUAUUUGGUGGUUCUCCAUACCGCCGCCCGAUCCCAUUACCAUGUGGGAUCUGCAUUGGCCAAGGGAUUAGCCAGCGCCGGACAUCAGGUGACCAUUGUCUCCCCUUUCGAGUUGAAAAAACCCAUCAAAAACAUCAAAGAUGUAACGGCUAAGAGCGUUCUGGCCUCCAUGCAAGGAAGAAUGGCAAACUUAUUGGAAUCAUCAAAAAGACCUAUAAUCGAACAAAUCAUUAAUUUCCAUGAAAUGGGUAUUGAAAUAACUGAACUUCUGCUGAGUGAACCCUCUGUAAUUGAACUGAUGAAAUCGAAUCAGACCUUUGACGCCGUAAUAUCUGAGGUUUUCCUAAACGAAGCUCAUUUUGGACUAGCAGAGCAUUUCAAGGCCCCACUUAUUGGGCUGGGCACUUUUGGGGCCAUUAGCUGGAACACAGAUCUGGUUGGAUCUCCCUCACCGCCCUCAUAUGUUCCGAGUGCUCUGCUCAAGUUCAGUGACCACAUGACUCUCGUCGAGCGGGUGGGCAACCUGGCCUUCCUCACCUACGAGUAUGUGUUCCUCAACUACUUCUACUUGCCGCGUCAAGAAGUACUUUACCGCAAGCACUUCCCCAACAACAAGCAGGACUUCUAUGAGAUGCGGAAGAACACGGCCUUGGUGCUGCUGAAUCAGCAUGUCUCCCUCAGUUUCCCUCGGCCCUAUUCACCCAAUAUGAUCGAGGUGGGCGGUAUGCACAUCAAUCGCAAGCGCCAGCCGCUGCCCAAGGACAUUCAAGAGUUCAUUGAGGGAGCAAAGCAUGGAUGUAUUUAUUUCUCGAUGGGUUCCAACCUGAAGAGCAAAAUCCUGCCGCUGGAGAAACGACAGGCUCUGAUCGACACCUUCGCCCAGUUGAAACAGCGUGUCCUGUGGAAGUUCGAGGACACAGAUAUGCCCGGAAAACCAGCGAAUGUCUUCAUCUCCGACUGGUUUCCCCAGGACGAUAUUUUGGCCCAUGAAAAUGUGAUAGCCUUCAUCACCCACGGCGGUUUGCUGAGCACCACGGAGUCCAUUUACCACCGCAAACCCUUUGUGGGGAUCCCAAUCUUUGGCGAUCAGUUCCUGAACAUGGCUCGCGCCGAGCAGAAUGGAUAUGGAGUCACGGUACACUACGACGAUUUGACUGCCCCUAAACUUUUGGCGGCCAUUCACCGACUAAUCGAAGAUCCUGAGGCCACCAAGAAGGUGCGCGACAUGUCCGACAGAUAUCGGGAUCAGCCUCAGACUCCGUUGGAACGGGCUGUUUUUUGGGUGGAGCACGUGUCCCGGCACAAGGGUGCCAAAUACCUGAGGAGCGCCUCCCAGGAUCUGAACUUCAUUCAGUACCACAACCUGGAUGCCAUUCUAAUCCUGUAUGGCGGCAUUAUAUUCGUGUUCCUUUGUCUUUUCCUGCUGAUCCGUUGGGUGUGGCGCCUUUUGCAGGAAUUGUUUAUAAAGAAAGAAAAUUCCAAGCCGAAACAAAAAGCCAAGCGCAAUUAAACCCAAUUGAUAAUUAGUUAGUAUUCAUGACCAGUUUAAAAUAGGGUGCUUUAAAAUGAGUUAUUUUUAGCUAUUUCAGUGGUGCAAUUUGGUGAGAAAUAAAUAAAAAAUUAUUUCAGAAAUAAAUUCCUCUAAAAUCUUUUGUCUGUAUACAUUACAAAUAUAUUUUUCAAUUUACUCACAGCUGGGAAAGUUGAAAAUACUUUAAGAAG